UUGAGCUAAUGGGUACCGCAGCAGAGGGUCCAUCCACAUGAGCAGAGGGGCGUGAAAGCUGCUACUCCGGAACCAGGACCAGAAGAAGAGACAACGGAGGCUUCUUACCCAACCCACACACCUCGACCCGGUCUGGGAAGUCCGGCUCCCGGUGUUAGCACACUCAUGUUGAAUAAUGGAGUCAUUACAUUAACAAACCCUUUAUAGCAGUGUUUUCCGUGUGAGAAGAGCCUCUAUGCGCUUCAUUCAAACAGCAAGACACCUCGAUAACUUCCAGCCUUAAGUCACGUUAACUCAGCCUCAGUGUUCACAGAAGAUGGCAGCGAGAAGCAGAUACCUGCUGCAGAGGGUGUUCAGUGGACUCAGGGCUCACACUGUCUGCUAUCAGAGCUCCACUCUGACCUCAAGCCAAGGACGCCUGCUGCGGACACCUCAGCUCAGACAGCUGAGCUGCUCACACACCCUCCACAGGUCUGAUUCCCCCCGCACAGGUCCCAGCAGUCUGUCACUGAGGAGUCACACCUGUGGAGAACUGAGAUCAGAUCACGUGGGACAGAGAGUCACUCUGUGUGGCUGGGUCCAGUACCUCAGACAAGACCUGUUUGUCAUCCUGCGAGAUUUCAGCGGCUUGACACAAGUUCUAAUUCCUCAGGAAGAAUCUGCCAGGGAUUUGAAAGCAGUGCUGUGUGAUCUCACAGCCGAGUCUGUCAUCAAGGUUACAGGAACAGUCAGAAGACGACCGGCAGGACAGGAGAACAAGGGGAUGCCAACCGGAGAAAUAGAAAUCCUGGCUGAGAGUGUGGAGGUUUUCAACAUGUGCCGGAAGCUGCCUUUUGAAAUUAAAGACUUUGUCAAAAAAUCAGAGUCUUUGCGGAUGCAGUAUCGCUACCUGGACUUGAGGUCCUCUGAGAUGCAGAAGAACCUCCGACUGAGAUCUCAGCUGGUGAUGAAGAUGAGAGAAUACCUCUGUAAUGUGCACGGUUUUGUCGAUGUGGAAACUCCCACCUUGUUUAAAAGAACACCAGGGGGGGCCAAAGAGUUUGUGGUUCCAUCCAGAGAGCCGGGCCGGUUUUACUCUCUACCCCAGAGUCCACAGCAGUUCAAACAGCUUCUCAUGGUGGCUGGCAUAGACCGGUACUUCCAGAUGGCCCGGUGCUACCGCGAUGAAGGCUCCAAACCAGACCGGCAGCCUGAGUUCACCCAGGUAGACAUAGAAAUGUCUUUUGUGGACCAGGCAGGCAUCAUGUCCCUGGUGGAGGGUUUGUUACAGUACUCCUGGCCUGCAGAGAAAGGGUCCAUUAAGGUUCCUUUCCAAACCAUGACGUAUGAAGAGGCCAUGAGGGACUACGGUGUGGACAAGCCUGACACCAGAUUCAGUAUGAAGCUGGUCGACCUCAGUGAGGUUUUCUUAUCCACGGAUAUUGAGUUCCUCAGAUCAGCUCUCAGCCAACCAGAGGGCUGUGUUCAAGCCAUUUGUGUCCCCAGUGGAGCGAAACUCUUCACUGGGAAAGACUUGGACAAACUGAAACAAACAGCUCACACUCAGUUUGGCCAGGAGCUCAGCUUGGUGCUGGUCAAAGCCGACGGGACAUUGAAGUCUCCCCUGAAGAAGCUGCUGUCUGUCUCAGCCGCAGGGGAGCUGCUGCAGAGGACAGAAGCCAAAGCAGGAGACCUGCUGCUGAUGGCGGCCGGUUCCCUCCACACCGUGCGCCCGUUGCUGGGCAACCUCCGCCUGCAGUGUGCAGAGCUCCUGGAGUCUUGUGGCCUUGCAGUGCGCGACCCUUCAGCCUUCCACUUCCUGUGGGUUGUGGACUUCCCUCUUUUCUUGCCCAAAGAAGAAGAACCGGAGCAGCUGGAGUCAGCCCAUCAUCCAUUUACUGCUCCACUGCCACAGGACACACAGUUACUCUACACAGAGCCACACAAGGUAUGUGGUCAGCACUAUGACCUGGUGCUGAAUGGCUGUGAGAUUGGAGGAGGCUCCAUCCGUAUCCACAAGGCCUCAGAGCAACUUCAUGUCCUGAGCAAUAUCCUCAAGGAGGACCCCACUCUUCUCUCUCACCUGCUGGAGGCUCUGGACUCAGGAGCACCACCUCAUGGAGGCAUUGCUUUGGGUUUGGACCGGCUGGUCUCCAUCGUGGUCGGAGCUCCCAGCAUCCGUGACGUCAUUGCCUUCCCCAAGUCAUUCCGGGGUCAUGACCUCAUGAGCUGCGCCCCUGACUUUGUGUCUGAGGAGGAGCUGAAAUCUUACCACAUCGCUGUCACAUGGCCAGCAGAGCGAGAUGGAGGAGAAGGGGGGAAGUGAGGCGGUGAAGAAUAGAGAUGAAGAGACAUCAUCACAUCUCUGUAACCCACACAACAGAGGAACGAGCGUGAGGAUGAGGAGACAGAGCUGUGUAGACAAUCAGCAGGCGGUGCAGAGACUGAAGCCUGUGAAGAUGUGUGCCAGCUGGCCAGCAGAUACAAGGAGGAGAGAAAAUGAGGAGGAGGUGAUGUUGUGGCUGCAUCUCAGUACUGUUACAGUACUGCAGAGGAGAAGGGACACUGCCACAGCAGACACGAUGGAAAUCUGACUACUUCUACCGCUUUGUUUCACAUAAUGUUCUAAAUGUUGCCUCAGAGUGUGUUCCACCUUGAUGAGAAUAAAACUGUGGAGAAAAACACGUAAUUUGUUGCGACACAAAACAAGUUUCCCAAAGCAUUUGGGAAAAUGAUUUUUAGGCUUAUAAAAUAACCAAAAAAACCCUGACAGUAUCUGACUGCUGUAAUGCUAAUGAACAGUGGGCGGAUGGUGUGAUCAAACUUGGACUUGAACUUGAUCAUGAAUUAACUAUAUGAUCAAUACAGACUGCAACAAAACGACAGUGUGUGAGGGGUUACUCAUAGUGAUGAAUUUGAAGAGGAUUAUGAAGUUGAUCUGCAGUUCCCCUCUGCCUUACAGAACUUUAUAACGAGUUUCAGCUCAUUGUUUAGCUGUCUGGCUACAGUUUUAUUGUGAACAGAGCCUAAACACAGUGAAUAUGAGAUUUACUGGCCACACAGCCAGAUACAUGAGUCCACAUCAAUGCUAAUGUUGCUCUGUGACUGCUUGGUGUGCACAUAAGCAGCUAUACAAGAUUUUUUUUAUGUAUUGCGCAAUUGAAAAAAAAUAAAUGUC